AUGACCAACCCCAACCCCAGCAGGGGCCAUUCAGGCAUCAGGAUCUACGUGGGUGCCAGGGAGCAAGGACAUUUUCUGUUUGUUGAUGGGAACCCCGGCAAUUUGCAGAAAAGGGCUUAUUUAAAAAGCUCGCUGUUUCGCAGGAGCAGAGGCAAGAUCUGUCGUUUCCACUUCUAUUACAUGAUUGAGGAAGACAACAGUCUGAGACUUCUGCUCUACUCGGAUGAGAAAGAAAUAGUACUUUUUGAACAAAAUACAUCAACCGAAGGCCACUGGCUGGAAGGAAAAGUCUGUCUCCCUGAGAGCUCAGAAGAUUUGCAGGAGAAACAGUUUGUGGGGGAAGCAGGACUCACAGACUUCCUAUAUGAGUUUGUGGUGGUAACAGGACUCACAGGCUUUCUUAAUGAACCAGACGAGGAAGAAGGGCUCACAGUCUUCCUAUAUGAGUUUGUGGAGGAAGCAGGACUCAAAGGCUUCCUAUAUGAGUUUGUGGAGGAAGCAGGACUCACAGGCUUUCUUAAUGAACUGUCCGGGGAACUUGCUUUUGAAGGAACGGUAAGGAACAUCCGGGGGUUCAUUCGCUUGGAUGAUUUCAGAUGCGCAGGAUGCAAAGACUAUUCUGGAAGCUCUUCCAAUGGACCACGCUUCAAGGAUGCAUCAAUGAGUGAAUUUCCAAAUGACUGCGGUUAUGGUAGAGAUAAAGAUCUAACAAUUCCCAGAAACUUGAACACUUGUGACUUUGAGUAUGACUUUUGCGAUUGGAAAGCACUCAAUAACAGUGAUUGGGUCUGGAAAAUAAGUACUGGAAAAUCCUUCAGUAAUAUUAACAGAGACCAUACAACUGAUAGGGAAUAUGGACACUUCAUAUACUUUAAUGACAACUCUAAACCUGGAGAGGGCAUUCCAUCAUCACAGCUGGAAAGUAACUUUUUGGUGGAGCCUUCUGCCGGAGCUCAAUGUCAGACAACGCUGAAGGCACAAACAGGCAGCAAAGUAAAGGCUAAUCAAACCAUCUCCAUUGAGGAAACUCGGCAUCUGAUGAUGUCCACACCUUCCAGACUUCAAGCAGUCAUUGACUGCAAGUUCCAGGACUUCUUUGCAGCAGAUUUGAUUGUGGGCUCCAUAGAAGUCAAUGGGGAAGCAGAGAAACCUAAACUAAAAACUCUUCUAAAACUUUUAAAUCACCAACAAAUUACAAAUCUGCUGCCAAAACCAACCUGUUUUCAGCUAAUGAUCUGCUACUUAUUUUUCCGCCUAUGUGAAUAUACCCUGAAGAUGUAUGUCCCUCCAUUCCAGUCUAUGCAAUUUUGGUACCAGAUGUGGGAAUCCUCUAAAAUAUUAAUAUACAAGAGAACAUUACUUAAUGAAGGAUUGGAACUACUGCAUGAGAUCACUGACCCAACUGGUGACAAGUGGACAGAAGCCACUAUAGAUAUUAAGAGUAAUUCAAUCAACACUUCUCAGAUCAUUUUGAAAGCCCUCCUUAUCUCACCUCAGGCCAUAGUUGCUAUUGAUGACAUCGGUUUGUCCCUGGAUUGUGUCACCUAUAACACACUUUCAGGUAAACCAAUAAGGUCAACAUUUCAUCGGUGUCCAUUUGGCUACUUUUCAUGUGGAGAUGGUCAGUGCAUAUUAUGGAAAAAGCGCUGUGAUUUUACAAAGGACUGCCCAAAUGGAAUUGAUGAAAAUUUAUGCCCUGCUAAAUGUGACUUUGAAACCGAUGAUUGUGGUUGGCGCGAGAUACGUUACUUUGAUUCCUUUGACUGGGUCAGAAGCUCCUCGAGGAGCUUGACGCCUGAGUAUCUCUCCCAAGCCCCACCGCAGGACCAUACCACUAAUUCAAUGCAAGGUCAUUUCAUGUUUAUUCAGCGGAAGGAUAGGAACUAUACUCAGACUGCAGAACUGCGGAGUCCGAGGUUCAGUCAGGCAGGACAAGGCUGCUCUGUGACCUUCUGGUAUUACAACUAUGGAUCCUCAGUGGGAAUGGCAGAGAUCCUUUUACAUGUAGAUAAUGAGCGUGUGCCCACUGUGCUCUGGAGCACUUACUUCAGCCAAGGGAACCAGUGGUUAAAGGGAUUCAUUCAGCUUGAUCGCUUGUCCCAUCCUUUCCAAUUGUCAGUGAAUAAACACAACGUGGGCUACUAUGAAGGUGUCUCAGCCUUUGAUGAUAUUGUGUUCGAAAACUGUUCUCUUCCUACUGCUGACCCAAGCUGUAGAGAACCUGACCGCUUCUGGUGUAAAGAUACUAAGGCUUGUAUAAGCAAUUUACUGCUGUGUGAUCUCAUUGACGACUGUGGAGAUGGAUCGGAUGAGAUGAAUUGCACUUCGGAAUUACAGUGCAACUUCGAAGAAGGAUUAUGUAACUGGACGCAAGACACUGAUACUGAUGACUUUGAUUGGACUAGACAUCAAGGCCAGACACCAACUACUGACACAGGACCCAUGAAAGACCAUACCCUGGGAACAGCCAAAGGGCAUUACCUCUACAUUGAGACAUCAGAACCUCAGCUGUACCGAAAUCAAGCCAUUCUACUAAGCCCUGAAAUAGAUGCUACAGUUAAUAACGAGAAUAAAUCUUGUAUUUUCCGCUUCCAUUACCACAUGUUUGGAAGGCAAAUUUAUUCCUUGGCAGUCUAUAAAAGGACCAUUAGGAACACUAGAGGCCAAUUACUGUGGCAAUCGUUUGGAAAUAAAGGAACCCGUUGGUUAAAGAAAAUACUCUACGUAAACAGUUCUCUGCCAUUCCAGCUAAUAAUUGUAGGCAUGGUAGGUGAUGGAUACACCGGGGACAUUGCAAUUGACGACAUUUCCUUCUUUAACUGUACUUUGUAUCGAGGUACUUUGCCAACCUGGUCACCAAUUCCCUUAGAAACGCCUACUAAGGCAACACUUCCAGUCCACUACUGCUCAGAGGAUGAACAUGUCUGCAGGUCAACAGGACACUGUAUACCAGUCACAAAGCGGUGUGACUUCAGAGAAGACUGUCCAGAUGGGUCUGAUGAGCACAACUGUGUUUCAGAAUAUUGUGACUUUGAAAACGGGAGUUUAUGUAAUUGGCUCCAGCCGGAGGGAACUUCCUUUCGUUGGGACACGGCAUUCCAGUGGUCUGUCGGUCAAGGCAUUGCCAUUGUUCCUGGGGAAGAGAACCAUAGGCCUCUCGAUGACCAUACCACGUCUACAGAAGAAGGCUGGUAUUUGUAUGCAGACAGCUCAAAUGGAAAGUUUGGCCAUACAGCUCAUGUCAUGACUCCUCUUAUAUCCCAUACUGGACCCAAGUGCAAGCUGACAUUCUGGACCCAUAUGAAUGGAGCGACUGUGGGAUCAUUAGAGGUUCUUAUUAGACUUGUCAAUGUGACGUAUGAAGUUUGGUUUCAGACUGGAAAACAAGGAGCGAAGUGGAGGAGAGCUGAAGUUUACUUGGGGAAACUGUCUAACUUUCAGAUUGUCCUUCGUGCUAAACGUGGUGUAAGUUACAUAGGAGAUGUUUGUGUGGAUGAUAUCGCUUUCGAAGACUGCGCGCCAGUGCUGGUAGACGACAAGCAGUGCACAUCAGAGGAGUUCAUGUGUUCCAAUAAAUACUGUAUUCCCAAGAAUAACAUGUGUGACUUUGUCAAUGACUGCUCGGAUAACUCGGAUGAGGACCACUACUUAUGUGGCUCCUAUCUUGGACGUUGUAAUUUCGAAUUUAAUCUUUGUGAUUGGAAGCAGAGUCAGAGCGAUAAUUUCGACUGGAGCAUGAGAGCUGGGAGCACUCCUACUGUUGGCACUGGUCCAGUGACUGAUCACACUUCAAAGAACCCAUCUGGGUUCUAUAUUUUCAUAGAGGCAUCUUUUCCACAUUUACCAGGCCAGGUGGCUAAGCUUUCAGGACCACCAAUAAGCAAAUGGAGCAGAAACUGCACGAUCAUCUUUUACUUCCACAUGUAUGGAGAGGGCAUCGGAUCACUGACCAUGUAUCAGGUGACAGUGAGCGGACAUGAAAAUCUACUUUUAAAUAUGACUGGAGAUCAGGGGAAUUUCUGGCAGAGAAAAGAGCUAUCACUUCAUGAUCUGGGAGAAGAUUUCUACAUUAUGUUUGAAGGGAAAGUUGGCAAAGAUCAAAGAGGAGAUAUAGCUCUGGAUGACAUUGUCCUCUCAAAUGAGUGUUUUCCAUCUUCUGUAUUUAUCCCACAGCCUCUCAGAAAAGACCCCCCCACCUAUAACUGCCCAGUGGGAUUUCUUAAAUGUAAAAAUAAAAAGUGCAUCACCUCUGAAAAGUUAUGUGACUUUGUCGAUGACUGUGGGGAUAACACAGAUGAAAUACAGUGUGGCACAUCAUGCACAUUUGAAAAUGGUGCAUGCGGGUGGAAAAACUCUGUGGCUGACAGUUUUGACUGGAUUUUGGGAGGGCAUUCAUCUAAGUCUCUAAGACCUCCCAUAGACCAUACACUUGGAAAUGAAAAUGGUCACUUUUUGUAUCUCGAGACAUCAUAUGUUGGUCUACGUGGUGAAAAAGCUCAUAUGAAAAGCUCCAAGUGGAAGGAGUCGGCGAGGACUUGUAUGCUGAGAUUUUGGUACUACAUGUCACCAAAAGCUACUGGAAUAAUACGAGUUCUUAUAAAGACAGAAAAUAACCUAAUGAAAGUAUGGGGAGAAUCCGAGAAUCAAGAUGGGUAUUGGAAUAAAGUGGAAAUUCGCUUGGGAAAGCUGAGACACUUUGAAGUCAUAUUUGAAGGCAUACGGACGCGAGACUUUGGCGGAGGAGCGGCCAUUGAUGACAUUGAGUUUUUAAACUGUUCACCAUUUGGAGCGGAGCCUGGAAAAUGCCCAGAAAAUACAGAUUUUAUAUGCAAAAACAAAAAAUGUAUUGAAUCCCACUUAGUCUGUGACUACAAGCCUGACUGUGAGGACUCUUCGGAUGAAGCUUACUGCAGUGAGUACACCAAUGUCCCUGGGAGCUGUAAUUUUGAGAAUGCAAACAAGAUCAUUUUUGGAUGUGAUCUCUCUCAAGACAAUACAAGUGAUUUCCGGUGGGCCGUACGACGCAAAGUCAACAAUUAUCUAAAUACAGACCACACUCCAGGUACAGGAAGAUUCUUUCUCUAUGCCAAUGCAGUCAGACAGAAAGAUGGCGACACUGCACGGAUAUUUACAACCAAAGCUUUUCCUGCCACCACUGAGAAGUGCAGAGUCCGGUUUUGGUAUUACCUAUUUGGACCUCCACAGUCCGGGAUGUUAAAGGUAUAUAUAGUCACUGAAUACGGGUUGAAUAUCCAUCUGUGGUCAGCGGCCGAGAGCAUGGAGCAAAGGUGGAUGUACGGCACUGUCAUUCUGGCUAGCAACAGUCCAUUUCGGGUGGCCUUUGAAGCUCAAGUAGGGGGCAACCAAGAUAUUGACAUUGCUUUGGAUGAUAUAUCAUUUACAUUGGACUGCCAAGUAGAAGGUCCAUUGAUACCACUACCUUCCUGUUCUCAGGAUUUGUUCACCUGUAUGUAUAAAAAGGAAUGUGUUCCCUUAUCAGCAAAAUGUAAUGGAGUAGAAGAAUGCACGGAUGGUACAGAUGAGAUCCUCUGCCCUACUUCAUCUCCUAUCACCAGCCCCGAAACGCGCUGCAGAGUUACUGAGUUCCACUGCUUUGAUAAAUGCAUCCCAUUGAUCAUGCGGUGCGAUGGGGUGACAGAUUGUCGUCUUGGGGAAGAUGAAAAGACCUGCACUUCAAUAAUGGCUGAAAAUGGCUCAGUGAUGUGCCUUCCCUCGAACACCUGGGUGCCUUUUGAAAAACGUUGUGACAGAUUACAAGACUGCAGUGAUCUCAUUGAUGAGUCUGGAUGUUCAGAAUGUCCAAAAGCAUACUGCAGAAAUGGAGGAAAAUGUUCACUAAACAAUGAAGUCCCUGUAUGCAGUUGCAAAGGAAAAUGGCAGGGAAUACGAUGUCACGUCCAUUCACCUGAAGUAUCUCUGAAUACGCCAGAAACUGAUAACACAGGUCUGUGGAUUGGUAUUAGUAUUGGAUUAGCGUUUCUAUUGACGGGAGCUAUUAUUGUCUUCUUAUUCUACUCCUGUAAAAGGUAA